CAGUAUUGUCAGACAAAGAGAUUUACUUAAAUUAUAUACUGAUGAAGAGGUUUGAGUAUGUAAGAUUGCAAUAUUUUCAUAUCGAAUUUUCUCUAUGUUGCAGGAUCGCUACAAGGAAAGAUUAGCCAGCAUUAUCGUACAGUUAGAAGAAAAAGAAAAAGAAGAUGCCAGCAGCGCUAUAGCGCGAAUCGGACCGCGGUCUCUUUUGCUUCAAGUCAAGCGAUCAAGCAAACUCAUGUCUCCAAUCUGGUCCGAUUACAUUAUUUUGUAUCCAAAGUCUAUAUAUUUUUCCAAGUACAUUGACCCUGGUAGUCUUGAGAAUUCUGUGAGAAGGAUUUUGGCAAAAAUUUUAACAAAUACUUUUGCUCAAAACUUUAGUUUCCAAGACCGAGGAAACAAAAAUAAAUUUGAGGCACUAAAAAUUUGGGAUCUUAUACAAGGUGCUCUAUUGCAAAGUUUUGAAGGAGAAAGUUUGACAUUAGCAGAAAAAGUGGCUGGAUCAUGGCUUGCGAAUGCAAAAUGGCGUCAACAGAGUGAUGGUACAUCAUUGCGUCAACGACCUCCAAGUAAUACAAUAGACAAAAGAAUUGAAUAAGUU